AUGGCCACCUCGAUGUCGACGAAGGGCCGUAACGAAUGGGAUCCCAGGCGCUUGAGGGACCCGGGGCUUAUCGUGCAAUUCCGUCGUACGCUCAUCCCCGCCAUCCACACCAUCAUAGAGCAAUGGGAACGGCGUGAACGCGAGAUUGACGCCAUCGUGCUUAAGGACCUUGACGAUCCUUACUACACAAUUGACAAUGCUUUGUCGAGGGAAUUUAACGCUGAAUUCGCUGCCCUGCCCGAAAGAAUUUGCCAAGGCCGAACCGACCCCCAUCAAAUUGCUGCCGAUCAGCGUGAUCAGUGUUUCGUGAUUCGUCGCGGACCCGGGAGCCACGAGGGACUCGUCGUCAUGUCUAGCUAUGGCUACAUGGCUUUCGUGCUGGCCACAUGCAACUACGCGUUUCGCAAGAACCGAACGCGCGACCACGCUGACGACUACCUGGACGGCAUGUAUCGCGUUGAAUCGAAGUUAUUCAAGCUGCCGAAGGCAUUGGAUGGGCCUUUUAUGCCUCUCGACCGCAAGCGUGAAUACGAGACGGCCAGGCGGGAAUGGGCCAACACCGAGCCCCACCAUUCGAUUCCCACCCGAGAAUUGGCCAUCGAUCGUCUGCUCUGGACCGAGCGCCUCUUCGGCCGCGGCAACUUGCCGGAGGAGUUUGAGGAGAAGCGCGACCCGAUCCUGACGGCCUACGACCAUGCGCCGAAA